AGUUAUGAAAUAGUGUUGAUAGUGUGACAUUCGUGCUGUUUAUGCGAUAGUGAAAGACGAGCACUCCAAUGUGUGUGGCGACAUGGUCGCCUGUGGACGGAGUGGGCAUCCAGCAGAGGCGCACGAUAUGGUCGCGUGGGAGCGCCAAAACGCACGGGUGCGUGAGAUAUCGCACGAAUUCUCUGAGCUUGUUGAAGCGUCGCGUCGCAAGUGUUCGACUCUGGGCGGGGCUCGACGGCUUGACUGUGCUGACUGUGCUGUGUCAAGUUCGCGACCAACUUCGAAAGUGAUCGUUAGCUCAUUACCUUGAGAGGAGGACUGGCCUCAGCCGCGGGUCGGCGCUGAGAAGGCAUGGUGCGUGUGGCGGUGCUGGGCUGCGGCGGACUGGGGGUGAAUGUGGCCGGGGAGCUGGCGUACCAUGGCCACGAGGUGCGGGUGUUCGACGCGGCGGCUGAGGCCCUGGACCGGGUGCAGCCCCGCCUGGCCGAGGACCGCAAGGUGCUGCGAGAGUGCGGCCUGCUACAGCAGCCCGGCCUUGUGGGCUCUGUCUACUGCAUGAGUCGCCUGGAGGAUGCCGUCAGGGAGGCAGAGCUUGUACUGGAAUGCAUCAGCGAAGAACUGGGUUCCAAGGUGGAGCUGAUGGAGGCGGUGACCCAGUGCUGCCGGCCCUCGGCCGUGCUGACAACCAGCACCAUGCGUCUGGGCGUGGACGCCAUCUUUGAGCGGGCCUCGGGCAAGGAGCGCUGUCUCGGCAUGCGCUUCCUCUUCCCUGUUUACGCCAUGCCAGAGGUGGAGCUGCAGCUGUGCCGGUGGACGUCGAUGGAGACACUGUCCUGGGUGCGGGCUUUCCUGGAGCGCAUGGCCAAGACGGCAUUCUUCCGGGCGGGCUCGGAGCCCCUGGUGCUCUCGGAGCCCGAGCGGGAGGCCCGGCGCACGGCCGCCGCCCUGCACGGGCGUGCCGGGGCCGCCGCCCUGGUGGCACGGCGCCCGCCCACCCUGGCGCUGCCGGACCUCGCCAGCCCGGACACGCUGUGCAGCGCCCUUACGGCCGAGGUACUGGAGACCGGGCGGGACAAGGACUGCGUGGUGUGCAUGGACGAGGAGCGCAACUGCGUGCUCCACCCGUGCCACCACCUGUGCACGUGUGCCGCCUGCGGCCGGGUCCUGCUCAAGCGCCAGGACGCCUGCCCCAUCUGCCGCAGGCACAUCACCUCCAUCUUCCGCGUCUUCCACUCCUGAGACGCCCCCUGGAACCUGGCCAACCGCCCUUGCAUCUGCUGCCCUCUCGCAAAAAACAACGGACUAUGAUACAAGGAAUCGGAGGCGACAGUAAACCGCAGCAUUGUCGGCAGCGAAAGACGUUUGGUGACGGGCACUGUGUCAAGGUCCCGCUUCAGAGUCCUCCCCGGCCAGAACUGUCCCCGAGGAUGUUGCGGUAGUAGAACAUGUUCAUCUGCUCCAGGAAGAUGAAGGUGAGCACAGUGUGGGGACCGAGCCGGGCAUAGUACGGCGUGAAGCCCUUCCACAGGCUGAAGAACCCCUCGUUGCGCACCACCUUGGCGAGCACGUCCUGCAAUGGAUGGACGGAUGGAUUCGGCUGACCUCAUUUAAUCGGGCGACAACUCGCGCCACCUAGCCUAGCCUUCAACACGGCGGCGCUAUCUGUCACCGGUGCUUCGAGGCGGCGGCAACGACUGCGUCUAGUCACGUUAGUUAUUGAACUGUAUAUUGAUUGUUCAUAAAAGUAUUGUGAGUGUAAA